AAAUAGAGAACAUUAUAUAAAUCUGUCAAUCGUCGAACUGCAAUCCAAAUACAGCGGGAACAAGAAUUCAAAGAUUCGUUGGACGAUUUAUUUGACAUCGUCUAUGCGAAUGCUUUAGAAAUGAUAAAAAUCGAAGAAGAUAAAUUAUUUCUAUUGAAACAGAGGAAAAAAGGGCGAGUUGGACUAAUGGGUGCCAGUGAUCAUGCUUUAGCAGAAAAAGAAAAGCGGAAAACUCUUCGAAAAGACCGGACGAAAACACUACAAGAACAAGGUCAACAAUCACUUGUACAAGAAACAGUGCAGCUACAAUCUUCGUCGUCAUCCAGCGACGAAAUGACAAUGAAUGUACCGUUAGGUUCGGGCAUUGGAGAUUUUCCGUUAGGUUCGAGCAUUGGGAAUGUUCCUGAGGGGUUGCAGGUAUCCAGUGACUCAGAAGUUGAAGGUGAUUCGAAUAUACCUGGGCCGAGUGACCGAAAAAGAAGAGGAAAAGUCCAAGUAUUUUCUUCAAAGUUAGUUGCAGCUUUAGAUGCGUGCAAAAUCAGCGAUCGCGAUGCUGUUCGUAUUAUUAUGGCAACAGCAGAGAGCUUAGGUCACAAUACAAAUGAAUUAAUUAUUAAUCGCACUUCUCUUCGGCGAUUUCGCCAUAAUUUUCGUGCAGAUCACGCCAAACAUCUGCGGGAAAUGUUCGGAAAAAUUAAUCUAAGGGGGAUAACUGUACAUUAGGAUGACGCGAUGUUGCCUACUUUUGACAAGAAAACUGUGAAGCGACUUCCAGUGGUAAUUUCGUGCAACGGUGUACGAAAA